ACCACUAAAAAUAUACUAACAACAAAGCCAAACUCCUUCAAAGUAAUAUAUAGUAUACUAUAAUCUAGUAAGCACUGUUCUUAAAUAACCAAUUAACAUCAGAUUCCAAACCAUGUUUACUAUUCCAAAGAAUUCUUCUUGUACUCAUCCUCAAUAUGAUUAUCCAACUGUAAAGCAAGAUCCCACAAAUAAAAAGCAUUAAAAACAAAAUUCUUGAACCCCUCCCCUACCUUUCUUGAUUUUUCUUCUUCAUUUUCUGUUCAUUUCUCAACCCAAAGAAAAAAAAUUCAAUCUUGAACCAGGGAACGAAGAAUGCCUUCAAGGCAGGCUUUGUCUUCAGACUCCGAACCCAAAAUAACUGAUAUCUUCAUUGCCAUCACAACCUUAGCUGCUCUCAUUAUCCUCUUUGCAAUUCUUUACUUUCUGUACUAUUUGUGGUACUCUUUAGUCCACCGCGCCCGCACCAGCCCAUUUGAUUCCAAUGCGCCUCUGGUGAAGCUGCAGAGGUUUUCUUACAGGGAGUUGAAGUGGGCUACCCAGGGGUUUAGUGAGUCCAGCUCUAUAGGGAAAGGAGGGUCAGGGAGUGUGUUUAGAGGGAAGUUGAAGAAUGGGAAGUGGGUGGCUGUGAAGCUCUUGGAUUGUGCUUCUUUCCAGACUGAAAGGGAGUUUCAGAAUGAGCUUCAGAUUCUUGGAGGGAUCAAGUCCCCUCUGGUGGUCUCUCUUCUGGGGUACAGUGUGGAGAAAAGCAAGAGACUUGUGGUGUAUGAGUAUAUGCCCAAUAGAAGUCUGCAAGAAUCUUUGUUUUCUGAGACUAAUUUGGGGCUGAAUUGGAGCAGGAGGUUUGAUAUCAUUCUUGAUGUGGCAAAGGCUCUGGCUUUCUUGCAUCUUGAAUGCAACCCACCAGUGGUCCAUGGGGAUGUGAAGCCCAGCAAUGUGUUGCUUGAUUCAGAGUUGAGGGCUAAGCUUUCCGAUUUCGGGUUAUCGAGAUUGAAGGUUGAAGGGGAAUUUGGGGUGGAUUUGUUCAGCCAGGACUUGGGGAAAAGCCAAGACCUUUCUGGGAAUUUAGGGGUAGGCACUGGAGGGACUCAGACCCCUGGUGAGAGCCAUGAUGAGGUAGAUUUUGCUUUGGCCUUACAAGCCUCUUCCUCCUCCAAGAACACUGCUAAAAUGGUUCAGAAUGUUAGAGCUCUGGGAUUGAUGAAUUCCAUGAACUAUAAUGCUGUGUUUGAAAGUGAUGAAAAGAGCAGGAAUUUAAAGGGGAAAGAGGUUGAAAACAGUGAGUUUGGGAACUAUGAUGAUGAGCUAAGCAGCAGCAUUGACCACAGCAAAGAGCUAGGAGGGGGUGAUGAUAAUGUGGUGAGCAAAACACAAUGGGGUAGAGAUUGGUGGUGGAGACAAGAUGGAAGUGGUGAGCUUUGCAGCAAAGAUUAUGUAAUGGAGUGGAUUGGCAGCCAGAUUUGCCCUUCAGCUAAUCCUGAUUGGGAUGAACAUAACAACAAGUCCCCAAAUCGAAAACCCAGUUUAGAAAACUCGACUCGAUUUACCAAGUUCGAAGAAGCCAAAGAACCAGAAUUGGGGAGCCUCAAGAAGGGGUUUGAAUUGGAAUCCCAAACCAAGAAGCCAAGGAAGAUGAAAGAGUGGUGGAAAGAAGAGCACCUCGACGAGCUGUCCGAGAAGAAGAAGAAGAACACCACAAAGGAAAAAAGGCUUAGCAGAAGACUGAGUGUCCCCCAUUUCGAUCUUGGAAAACGCCUCGUCUUCUUCAGAAGAAGCAGGCCCAAAAUCCAGGCUCAAAACGCAAGCAAUCUCGAGAGGGAAUUCAGCUUCAGGAGAGGCUGGAAGAAGAAGAAGACCAAUUCCCAUUCCAUUGGCAGUGAUAUAUGGAGUGGAGACCUCUUCAGCCGGGAACUAAGCAGCACUACAAGCAUGAGAGGCACACUGUGCUAUGUUGCCCCCGAAUUCGGGGGCUGUGGCUACCUAAUGGAGAAAGCCGAUAUCUACAGCCUGGGAGUCCUCAUUCUCGUGAUCGUCUCGGGUAGAAGGCCUCUCCACGUCCUCAAUUCGCCUAUGAAGCUCGAGAAAGCGAACCUGAUAAGCUGGUGCAAACAGUUGGCUCAUUCUGGGAACAUACUAGAACUAGUGGAUGAAAGACUGAGAGAUGAGUACAACAAAGAUCAAGCAAGCUUGUGUAUCAACUUAGCUUUAGCUUGCUUGCAGAGAAUGCCAGAACUGAGACCUGACAUUGGUGACAUUGUGAAGAUUUUGAGAGGCGAAAUGGAAUUGCCACCCCUCCCGUUCGAGUUCUCCCCGUCUCCACCAUCCAAAAUGUUCAACAGAUCAAGAAGAAGACAGAAGAGCAAUGCAGAAUCUGCUUCCAAAUAGCCUUGUAACAGAACAGUAGAUUUUAGAGCAUGUGUUGCAUUCUUGUUGUACAUGUUUUUUUUUUUUUUGCAAAUGUUUUCUUGUAGACAUAAAUUGUUAUUGCUGCCAUUUUCUCUGACUUGAUACAGAAUUCAUCAAAGAGUCUUUAUCACUGACCAACACAAUCCAAUAUUAAGAUUCAUU